GGUGCUGUCUAAUCGGUUUGUUUUGGAAAACGCAAGUGGAGUUUGUGAUUACGUGUUGUAAUUUUUGUAGCAAAAUCAUAGAUUUAAUCAACAUGGUGUUUUAAAGUUAUACUGAAUUUCAUUUUUCAAACUACUUGCAUACUGGUGUCAACUUAUUCUAUGGCAGACUUUUAAAUGGAGAAAUUCAUUUUGAAGUAUCAAUUAACAUUUUGACAUUUCCUUGAUUCUUGAAAAAAAAGGUUAAAAUGGUAUUGGCAAGUUUAUAAACAGUGGUCAUUGUCAACUGCAACGUGAGUUAUAUUAACAUUUAAAACGUAUAAGAACUUAACAUGGGAAAUGGCCAGUCGACCAGGGGACGCAGGAAUAGGAACAGGCAGGACUUGAACGGCCCCCCAGACCCUGUGAGAAAUGGAACGAGACGACGACGACGAGCUGCUCAGGACGACCCCUUGAUGCCACAACCAGCCAUCCCAGAGGAGCAGGAAUCAGUGUCCUCAGUGGGAGGUCCGUCCUGUCACUCUGUGCUACGUAACAGACAUCGUCCCAGCACUGAUUCCAGGUUGUCAGCAAUAGCAGGAGCAAUGCCUGAUUACCGCCAGUCAGAUGACAGUUUGAGGUCAUGGUUACCUUCUGUCACCCAGCUUCACCAUGAAGUUUUAGCCUCCCUCCAAAAUGACGAGAAUGAGGUCAUUGAGCAGGCCAUGCUGAACAGCUACAAUCAGCACACUCAGGCCAGUAUGGCAGCAAAUCCCAAUGUGGCAGCAAAUUCCAAUAUUGCAGCAAAUUCCAAUAUGGCCUCUCUGACAGCAAAUUCUGGCAUGGGACCCAGUGCAAGACAAGAAGAGAAUGGCACAGGAAAUCUUGAAAAUCAGUCACAGAGGACGCAGCAAAGUGCCUUAAGGAGGAGUCUCAGUGCAGUUGCAUCAGACCUAUGGGUCCCUUUCUCUCCUGAAUCAUUUGGUACAGGCUGGGAUUUGGUGCUUGUUAUUAUGUGGGGUGUGUUCAUCCUCCCAAUAUUGGCUGUAUACUGGCUGAUAAAAAUCUCCUAUCAAGAGUGGAACCAAACUGGGAGAAGACCUGUGCAAACAAGAACGGGGUCAAGGUCAAGGUCACAAUCCAACCCAGGGUCAAGGUCACAUUCAAAUAAUAGACGAUGUCUUAGCAGGUCAAAUGCAAACAGACCCACAAGUUAAUGUUUUAACCAAGAUUUGUGCAUAAAAUAAAGCUGUCACAACUCUUCUCUGAAUGUGUUGGAAGAUGCAGUGUGUAUGUUGGUCAUAAGUAAAAUUUAUGCUAUAAUCUCCACUUAAAUGGUUCUAUAUCUUCCUUAAAUAUUUUCUCAGAUAGAUAAAAAUAUGGUGAAUUUGGAUGUCAUAUCUUAUGUGUUUACCUGUAAAAAAUUUUGAAUAUACAGCUGAGUAUAUGGUUGACCUGCAACAGUUUCAUUUUAGGCAAACAGCAUAUAAUGUACUCUGAUCUAGGAUAUUGCUACUAAAGUACUUGUAACUACUGUACAUUUACUGGGUAGCAUGUAAUGGUGGGGGUAGCUGCUCCCUGAGCUACAGAGAUAACUUGAAACGAACCUCUACAUUAUAGAAUAUCCUUGUUGUUUCCAGUAACUGGAUGUUUGUUUCAAUUUAACUCUGAAGCUAAGGGUGAGGCAGCGGGCACAAGGAUAACAGAUUAAUGUCAAGCUAGUAUACUGUACAAUACUAGUAGCUAGAUGAGGCAAAUAUAAAACAGUAAGGCAAACGGCAUAAAUUAUCAUACUGUAUGCUAUUAUAGACAUGUACACAUAUAGCUGUUGAGGGUUACAUGUGUAGAAAUUGGACUAAUUAAGUGUACAUUAAUUUGUUAAUUACAUACAGGUACACGUACUGUACUGUACAUGUACUGUGGUGUAGGGAUGCCAGUUGACUUUUUUGAAUGGCAGAUUCCAAAGAUAUUUGUCUCAAGUUAAAAAUUGUAACUUAACUUUUUAUGACUUAAAAUUUAACUUUUACUGAAUGACUCACCUGUUACUGGUAAUAUUUGCAACAUAUUGUUUGUUACUUGUUUUCGCAAGCCUUGCACAAUGGUUUAUGAUAGAUUUUAAGCUGCAGUGAUUAUCUUUAGCUGCAGUGUGUGAUAAAGAUUCCUUGAUAACCAGAAAAAUAUUUUUAAACAAUAUUUUUAUUUGUUGACAUGUUACCUUUAUCAUAA